AUGUCCUUUUCUGAUUUCUCCAAAGUCGAGACCAUCAAGUCCUUGAACGACUUCUUGGCUGACAAGUCCUACGUUGACGGUGCCGCUGCCACUCAAGCUGACGUGACCGUGUACGAGUCUUUCCAAAAGACCUACCCAGCCUUCGCCAGAUGGUUCAACCACAUCGCCUCUUUCACUGAGGACUUCGCUUCCUUGCCAGCUGGCUCUGCCCCAGUCGCCGCUGCUGCCGCUGAGGAGGAGGACGACGAUGAGGACGUCGACUUGUUCGGUUCCGACGACGAGGUCGAUGAGGAGGCCGAGAAGUUGAAGCAAGAGAGAUUGGCCGCUUACGCCGCCAAGAAGGCCGCUAAGGGUCCUAAGCCUGCUGCUAAGUCUCUUGUCACCUUGGACGUCAAGCCAUGGGAUGACGAGACCGACUUGGAGGAGUUGUUGGCCAACGUCAAGACUAUCGAGAGAGAUGGUUUGAUCUGGGGUGCUCACCAAUGGAUCCCUGUUGGUUUCGGUAUCAAGAAGUUGCAAAUCAACUUGGUUGUUGAGGACGACAAGGUCUCCUUGGACGAGUUGCAACAAACUAUUGAGGAGGAUGAGGACCACGUCCAAUCUACCGACAUUGCUGCUAUGUCUAAGUUGUAG